GAAAUAUAACAUGUUUGUCCCUUAACUGGUUUUGAUUUGUGUUUUCCUGAUAAAAAUUCAACAUUUUGUAUUACCCAUUACUUCCUGUCAUAAGAUUAAAUUAAGACGACGAUGGCAAGUCAAUCAACAGGAAUUCAACAGCUUCUACAAGCUGAAAAGAAGGCUGCAGAGAAAGUAUCUGAAGCCAGAAAACGCAAAGCAAAAAGAUUGAAGCAAGCUAAAGAAGAGGCCCAGGCAGAGAUCGAUGGGUACAGAAAACAGAGGGAUGACCAAUACAAGAAAUAUGAAAAAUCUAUUUUAGGUUCCCGAAGUGAUAUGGAAUCACAGAUAGACGUAGACACAAAGAGGAAGUUGAAAGAGGUGGAAGAAAAUGUUAGAAAGAAUAAAGACAUUGCAAUCAAAAAAUUACUUGACUUUGUUAUAGACAUUGAACCAGAACUACACAAAAAUUACAUAGAAUAAUGAAUUAUAAGAUUUAUUGAUACAUUAAUAUAUAUAUGUUGUAUACAAGAGAAAUGUAGUAUGGUUAGAAUGUUGGAGAAUUAGAAACAUGUAAAAUCAAGACAAGAAGAUAUAUGUUCAAACAUUCCAUUUUUCAGUUAUACAUGUAGCAUGUUUUUUCAAAUAUUUGUAAAGUCAGAAAUUGAUUGUCACAUUAGUCAUGACAUGUUCAAUAAACCAUUAAAAUUA